AGAAAGUACAAAUGUCGCCGUUUCUGACUUCAACCCCAGCCGCCGCACAUCCUCCAAAAAAACUCCAUCGAUUUGCCCCCUUCUCUCCAUCUCCUUUCGCUUUGCGACGUUCUUCAAUGACUCAACCACUGAACAACAAGCUUAAUCCAUCCGAGCGGCCGUAUUCUCCUUCGGCCUUAGCCAAUUUCUGCUCUCCCUCUCUCAAGUGACCCAGAAAAUUCCUCGCUCCCAAUCCCUUCCAGCGUCUUCCAAUGGCGUCGCCCACCAAAGAACCAUUGGUCAUCACUGACAAAACCGAGAUGAGGAAGUGGUCGAGGUCCGUGAGGCGCCAGGGCAAGACCAUUGGCCUUGUGCCCACCAUGGGUUACCUCCACGAGGGCCACCUGUCCCUCAUCCGAGAAGCCCACCGCCACGCCGACGUCGUCGUGGUCUCUGUCUACGUGAACCCCGGCCAGUUCGCUCCCUCCGAGGAUCUUUCGACUUACCCAUCCGAUUUCGAGGGCGACAUGAGCAAGCUCAAGGCUGUUCCCGGCGGUGUGGAUGUUGUCUUUCAUCCCCACAAUCUUUACGAUUAUGGUCAACGCGGGGUUGGUGACCAGGCUGCUGCUUCUGGUGUUGAUGGUGAUAAUGGGUCCGUCUCUUGUGUGGAGGGGAAGGGUUUGGGGCACGAGACGUGGGUGAGGGUGGAGAGGUUGGAGAAGGGCUUGUGUGGGAAGAGCAGGCCUGUGUUCUUUAGAGGGGUGGCCACUGUGGUCACCAAGCUGUUCAACAUUGUAGAGCCUGAUGUGGGUGUGUUCGGCAAGAAGGAUUACCAGCAAUGGCGGAUAAUUAGGCGGUUGGUUCGGGAUCUUGACUUUUCCAUACAAGUGAUAGGUUCUGAGGUAAUGCGAGAUCAUGAUGGCCUUGCACUGAGCUCACGCAAUGUGCAUCUCUCACCUGAAGAAAGGGAAAAGGCAUUGUCCAUAAGCAGGUCAUUGUCAAGAGCUAAAUCUGCCACAGAAAAGGGUGAAGUUAACUGCCAAAAUUUAAAGGACUCUGUCAUCCAAGCAAUACAGGCAGCUGGUGGGAAGAUUGAUUAUGCUGAGAUUGUAGAUCAAGAGAGUUUAGAGGCAGUUGAAGAAAUCAGGAGCCCCGUUGUCCUCUGUGUCGCCGCCUGGUUUGGGAAGGUCAGGCUGAUCGACAACAUAGAAAUCAAUGUAUGAAAGAACAUUUUUGUGCUUUGUCAAUUUGUCAUGAGGAAGAGUUUCCUUUUUCUUUCCGCUUCUGUGGCGGCCCAAAUGACCGAUCUCUGCUGGUGGCACUACCAAUAAUUUCUGGUUUUGACACAGUUCAGUGGAGACUGCCGAUGUUGGUCACUUGAGGAUUAUCGACCCUAAAACUAUGCUUAAGUAAUUAAGAUACAUUUAUUUGAAGCA